UCUCGUUACGUUACGACUAUCCUUAGCGUAGCAAACAGCAACACUAGCAACAGUGAUGUAUAAGGUUAUGGGUUGUUAUUUGUUUACAUUUGUUUCCGUAGUGUAGGACUAAUAAGACUAUUAAUAAGUAAGUUAAAUUUAAUGGUGGUUUAAUAUGGAUGUUAAAAAAACUUUAGCAGAAUUAACAUCUCGACUUUCUGAAAUAAACUACGAGUCAGAUGAAGACAACGUGUUGUUAACAGGUUCCAAUAAUGAUGACACUAAUAAUUUAUCCGGAGAAGAACAAGAUUUUGAUGAUAUCAGACCGAGUAAACUUAGAAAAUCUACAGACACAUUAAAGCUUCCUGACAAUGUCUAUGGAGGAAAGAAAACGACAAGGAAGAAGACGUACUCUUUACCUGAUUCUUCAGAUGAGGAAUUGAUUGACAUUGACGUUCAUGAUAAAAGUUCGGAUGGAGAAAAUGAAUCGGAAGAAGAUGGAGAAAAUGAGUUGGAUGAAGAAGAAGAAAAUGAAUCGGGAGAAGAUGGAGAAAAUGAAUUGGAAGAAGAUGGAGAAAAUGAAUCGGAAGAGGGUGAAGAUUUCAGUAAAACUAAGAGGCCUAAAAACAAAGAAGAUAACUUUCAGAACUAUAAUAUUUAUUCUACUAAAAUAAAAAAUGUUUCUAAUGAUAUUAAAAAGGGAUUUGCAAUAAAAAAUCAACUUUGUAUCUGGGAAAAUCUGCUGGAAGGGAAAAUAAAAUUACAACAAGCUCUCGUGGCCUGUAAUAACUUACCACAAGGAGAAAAUCUAACGAAAACAAAAUUCCAAUUAGACGCAGAAAAUCAGUCAAAGAUUAAUAAAUGUAAAAAGAAUUUAUUGAACUUGCUUGGUAAACUAGUGGAUUUACAGAAAGAACUAAUGAAGCAAUGUCCUGAAUUUGGGAGUAGCAAAAAACAAGAGUUAAAUGAAGAAAUACCAUCAGAUGAAUCUGAAAUUGAAGAUGAUGAUGAUCAAGAAAAGGAGGAAGACGAUCAGCCUCCAAGAAAAAAGAGAAAAUUAAGUGAUUACUCAUCUUCAAUACAAAAUGAUCAUUCCAAUUUCAUCCCUUUUCGAAAUGCUUGCAUUCAAAGGUGGAAUGACAAGACUAAAGUUUCUACUGGGAAAAUGGCAAAUUCAAAUUUUUCUGCUUUUGAUCAAUCUACACUAAAACAAAUUGAGCAAAUUAUGUCAGACAAAAUUAGACUAGUGAAUAGAACUAGAGUAAGGAGAAGUGAUAAUCAGGGUGGCAAUACGAAGAAUCAAAAGGAAUCACUCCAGGAGUUGCAGGACACAACUCUAGAUCCAGAAAUAUUUGAUGAUACAGAUUUUUAUCACAAGCUUUUGAGAGACUAUAUUGAAAGAAAGUCUAUGGAUGUUGCUAAUUCCUCCCACACGGACAGGCAGUUGAUUGAAUUGCACAAGCUUAGGAGUAAAAUGAAGAAAGAUAUUGAUACAAAAUCUACAAAAGGAAGAAAGAUUAGAUAUGUUGUUAUACCUAAAUUGGUCAACUUCAUGGCACCAAACCCAUACAAUACUUGGAGUGAAGAAGCAGAAACUGAAUUGUACAAUUCACUAUUUGGAAAGAUUAAAAUGUAGUAUAAAUAAGUA